AUGGCUACAGGCGCGGCUGCUUCUGACAACAAGAACAUUGUUCGACGAAAGCUGACCGGCUAUGUCGGAUUCGCCAACCUUCCCAACCAGUGGCACCGUAAGAGUGUGCGAAAGGGCUUCAACUUCAACGUGAUGGUUGUUGGCGAGUCUGGUCUGGGCAAGUCGACCCUGGUCAACACUCUCUUCAACACCUCCCUGUACCCUCCCAAGGAGCGCAAGGCGCCCAGCCUCGACAUCAUCCCCAAGACUGUCACCAUCCAGUCCAUCAGCGCCGAUAUCGAGGAGGCCGGCGUUCGUCUGCGCCUGACCGUUGUCGACACCCCCGGCUUUGGCGACUUCGUUAACAACGAUGAGUCGUGGCGACCCAUUGUCGACAACAUUGAGCAGCGUUUCGACGCCUACCUGGAUGCCGAGAACAAGGUCAACCGAGUCAACAUUGUUGACAACCGAAUUCACGCCUGUGUCUUCUUCAUCCAGCCCACUGGCCACUCCCUCAAGCCUCUCGACAUUGAGGUUAUGCGCCGCCUCCACACCAAGGUCAACUUGAUCCCCGUCAUUGCCAAGUCUGACACUCUGACGGACGAGGAAAUUGUCGCCUUCAAGGCAAGAAUCUUGGCCGACAUCAAGUAUCACGGCAUCCAGAUUUUCGAGGGCCCCCGAUAUGAGCUCGACGACGAGGAGACGAUUGCCGAGAACAACGAAAUCAUGUCCAAGGUUCCCUUCGCCGUUGUUGGCGCCACCAACGAGAUCAAGACUGCCGACGGCCGCAAGGUCCGCGGACGUGAGUACCCCUGGGGUAUCAUCGAGGUCGACAACGAGGAGCACUGCGACUUUGUCAAGCUCCGCCAGAUGCUCAUCCGCACGCACAUGGAGGAGCUCAAGGAGCACACCAACAACAACCUGUACGAGAACUACAGAACCGACAAGCUGCUGGCCAUGGGUGUUUCGCAAGAUCCCAGCGUCUUCAAGGAGGUCAACCCUGCCGUCAAGCAGGAGGAGGAGCGCGCCCUGCACGAGCAGAAGCUCGCCAAGAUGGAGGCCGAGAUGAAGAUGGUCUUCCAGCAGAAGGUGGCGGAGAAGGAGAGCAAGCUCAAGCAGUCAGAGGAGGAGCUCUACGCGCGCCACCGGGAGAUGAAGGAGCAGCUCGACCGCCAGCGCCUGGAGCUCGAGGACAAGAAGCAGCGCAUCGAGAGCGGGCGGCCGAUAGAGAAGGAGGGCAAGCGAAAGGGCUUCUCACUGCGAUAA